GUAGAUUCCUGCUGAAAAAUUACAUUGCUUCAGAAAGGAAAGUUACAAGUGUGAACCGCGUUUGGCGGACAGGAGAGACAAUGGGGAUGUGUCUGCCAUGUUUGGGUGGCUCCGUUGAGGAUUACGAUCAGCCGGAUCCAGAAACAAGAAGACAACAGCAGGCUGAGGCAGCAAUCAAACGUCAGCGGGACAACGAGUCGAGAGGGGUGAAGGAUGCUGAGGGGCUGAAGAGGAAGCAGCAGAGAAAGGAGGAGAUCGAGAAGAAGGCGGAGAUGCAGGGAGGAGAUAAUGCCAUGAAGUGGCAAGUCGGAUGAUCACACCAGUUGCCUUGACAACAGAUAUGUUCCAUCAGCAACACUUCCAGUGUAGACUUUGAGAUGUCUACACAUUUGUCGUACAAUAUUUCUAUGUUUUCAUAGCCCUAUUGGCCUUUCUUCUGUGAUUGUUCUUAGUGAAAUGUUGAAAUUAUUUUCAACCCAUGUUCAUAUGUUCUUGAUCAUGUUGACGACAGUGUUUCCUUGUAUUUUCAUAACUUUUCUAUCAUAUUUUGAUAAUAUCUUAUCUCAUAUCUGAAAGGUGAUGUGGUAACAUAUUUUCUUAUUAUGCAGUCAUAGAAUUUUAAUUUGUUUCUGUAGUCAGAAGAUACAAUUAAUCUUCUACAAAGUCUACCCCAAUGUUAAAUGUAUACCAUUGAGCAGAAUUAUUUUGUUAUGCUUAUUUCAAUGAUGCUAGAUUGCCACAAUGUUAUUUGUAUUGAGAGGACUAGUUCCAAGUUUUGGUUAUUUACGCCAGAAAUGAAGGGUUCGGCAGAACUCUGUGACUAUUUCAAUGUUCCUCAACCCAUCAAUGAUACACACACACCAAAUAAAUCAGUUUGGUUUUUGUUAUCCUAAUUAAUAUAUCAUACUCCUAUCUAGUUUGGCAAGGGUGGAAACUGGACUUUUAUGGUCAGUUAACUCCCUUGCCUUGGGAAGAUGCAUACUCCAAACAUACUCAGUUUCAAAGUUGUCGAAUCAUUGGAGCUAGUGUCACACAAUAAACCACCAAGGUGUUUCUGUCCAUCAUACAUCUAUUUAUGAUCUAAAUAGUAAUGGGGGGCACGGGUGGCCCAGUCGUCUAAGGCGCCGCGAUUAGCUGUGCAGAGUUGCGUCCCUUGGGCACGCCAGAAACCUAUGAUUGUGGGUUCGAAUCCCGGUUCGCCCCGAUUAUGUUUCUA